UGCGUGUGUGCUGUUCCCAUGGGGACGAAUGUCACGGCUUCCGGUAUAUAUUCGGCAAUCGAAGCUUCGAUUUGUUAAAAUGAUCUAAUUUUAAAUGCUGUUUUACUAUUAAUUUCUCGGAAAAAAUAAACGCGAUUUUCGUCAUCGUCAAGCGCAAGUACGUUACUACUACAUUUUUUGAAAAUAAUCUGGUAAAAAUUUGAAAAUCUUCAAGUAGUUGGCAGAAGUCUUAAUAAGAUCCCAUCUAGAUAUUUAAUUAUAUUUGUCAGUUGUUUAUAUGUUUCUUAUUAUAUUUCGUUACUGUAACAAUAGUAUUAAGAAUUAUUAAAAGACAUUGUCAGAGUUCAAGUUUUACGGAAGUGAACUUCUACCCAGAGUUCCAUCAAGAACAAACUUCCUGUUUGAAACAUAAACACUUGGAUUCCUCGAAACCAUGCGAAUAUUUGUGCUUUAAUUUUUAAAAAUUUCUAUUAAUUCAGUCUUUUUCACAUUUUAUGGACACUUAAGAAAUACAGAUCAUCAAUUUAUAUUUAUAAUAUUUUCUGUAUCAGUUGAAAAACAGCUUCAAUAUAGUAUGGCUGAUUCAUAUUCAUUUGUGAAAGGUGGACGGUUAAAAGUGAAGGGUCAAAAGAAACACAAAAAACAUAAAAAAAGAACACAUGAUGCUAUUUCUGGUCCCGAAGAAAGUAAGCUUGUAGAUACUGAUCACAGUGGAUGGUGGAGUGUAUCGUCUAUUGAUGAUUUAACCGGACCCAUUGCUGUCGAAAUGAAGCCGUUACAUUAUAUUAAUAGCUUGGACAACGGGCUUUUUGAACUGGGACCCGAACACGCUGAACAGGAACCACCCGACCCCACGGAGAUUAUUACAGCUAUUAAAGUGAAUGAAACGAAAAUCGCGCUUAAAUCCGGGUAUGGAAAAUAUAUAAGCGUGGAAAAGUCUGGUGAAGUGGUGGGUCGGUCAGAUGCUAUUGGUGAACGAGAACAAUGGGAACCAGUUUUUCAAGACGGGAAAACUGCAAUAUGUGGGCCUAAUGGUUGUUUUCUCUCCUCCGAUGAGGAUGGUAACAUUACUUGUAUUAAAUCAAAAGCUGGCCCAAACGAAAUGGUUUGCCUGAAAUCUUGCACUGAUAAUACUCCAGACCCCAAAGCUGAUAUACCCAUUGAAGAACGUGCUUCUGUUAGACAAGCCGAAAUCAACUACGUGAAGAAGUUUCAAAGUUUCCAAGACCGAAGACUACGAGUGAAUAAAGAUGAUGUUAAAGUACUAAAGAAAGCUAAAAAAGAGGGAACUUUGCAUGGAAAUCUAUUGGACCGACGCGAAAAAAUGAAAUCAGAUCGGUAUUGUAAAUAAAUAGUUUUGUCAUUUUUAUUUGAUUAAAAAAAAAAAUAAAAACCCAGAAAACUCAUUAAACAAAAUUUGUUGUCACAA